AUGUCGGAUCCUUUCCAGUCCAAGGAUGGGGUGGAAUGGAAUAUAAGUAAAGAGCAAGUUGAAAUGAGAGAAGUAUCUCACUUGAGAAAGUGGAUACCCCGCUCCGCCAUGAGGCCGGCCGAGGGCGACACGUCGGACUGCAUCCUGGUGGUCGGCGUGUCACGGCCAAAGUUAGCAGCGGCCUUUCUACUGGUAGCUCUAGUCUCGCUCUUCCUAACCUUCCACAUCCUCUACGACAGCGCCGUGUACAGCCUGGACGCCGCAGCAUCAGUCUUCGAUUCCUCGGGUGAGAUCACCAGCAACCAGCUCGACUCAAUGUUGCCUCCUCACCAGCCACCCUCGUCGUCGUUCUCGUCUUUGUCUUCGCAGCCGUCUCCGAGUCUAGCCCUGUCACCCAUCAGCAAGGCCCACUUCUCGCGCACGAAUCGUCACCUGCCGCAAGCAAUAAUCGUCGGCGUACGCAAGUGCGGAACCCGUGCACUACUCGAGAUGUUGUUUCUUCAUCCCCAGAUACAAAAGGCCGCUGGCGAAGUUCACUUCUUCGAUCGCGAUGAUAAUUAUGAAAAAGGUCUCGAGUGGUAUAGAAAAAAAAUGCCCUACUCACUCAAGGGUCAAAUUACUAUUGAAAAAAGUCCUAGUUAUUUUGUUACACCUGAGGUACCAGAGAGGAUAAGAGCGAUGAAUGCGAGUAUAAAAUUGCUGUUGAUAGUAAGAGAACCAGUGACUCGAGCGAUAUCUGACUACACGCAGCUGCGUACGCGAGUGUUAACGACAUCGACAUCGUCUGCGGUAACGACGGCAUCAACGUCAUCAUUAUCGCGAGUGGGUUCCGGAGCUCCAGGAAGUGUAAGUGUCGUAACAUCAACGACAGUCGACGAAGAUAAUCAACGGGGAACAUCAACUCGGACCUUCGAAGAGCUUGUCUUGCGUCCCGACGGCAGUAUAAACGAGUCUUAUCGACCUAUAACCAUCUCCCUUUAUCACAACUACAUGCACCGAUGGCUUGAGGUAUUUUCACGUGAACAAAUACUCGUGGUUAACGGAGAUCAGCUUAUUGAGGACCCAUUGCCGCAGCUGAAACGGAUUGAAAUGUUCCUGGGUCUCGAGUCAAAAAUCGGCAGACAUAAUUUUUAUUUUAAUCACACAAAAGGUUUUUACUGUCUGCGUAACGACACUGCGGAUAAAUGCUUGAGGGAGAGCAAGGGUAGAAAACACCCCCGUGUUAAUCCCCUAGUUGUUUCGAAACUCAGAAAAUUUUUCAAUGAACACAAUCAGCGGUUUUACGAACUCGUCGGCGAGGAUUUGGGCUGGCCGGAGGAAUAA